AGAUCAUUCACCCUCGUACCAAUACGUUCCACUGUGUUUCUGUAAACAUACUAUACCGUACCGUACCGCGCGAUAGCCAUUCACCCAGCCUCCCUUUGUCCAAUGUAAAUCCCCAGGUCGAGGUAGCCACAAAGGAAGAGUCGACGAGAGCCGCAGCAGCAGAAAGUAGCCGCGCACACGUUGACACGGAAUGAUGCGUGAUCGCUUUCCGUCCUAUGGUAUUCUUAAGGGACAGGGGCCGCCUUUGCGCGCCCCACCGCUGGAUAUUGAUUCUUCUGGCUAUCCUCUUGAUACCUGCACUCUACCUGCUCUUCCAGAGCCGCUGGGCGGUUCAGCAUCCCGUGUCGGCUGCAGAGAACUCGCGCGAGAGAGCUGGCUCCGACGCCACCAACCGGACCGAGAAUGGCCUCCCGCUCUCCCACUACAACAGGAACAACCUCACCGUUAACCUCGUCGUCGCCUCGCUACAGCAGGACGACAUCUCCUGGACCCAGAACAUCCAGAUACCGAACCUCAACAUCAUCCGCUACGUCAGCGACUCGAUGGAAGCCGAGUAUCACCCGCCCGUGCCGAGGAAGGGCCGAGAGGCCCUAAUCUACCACACCUACAUGUACGACUUCUACGAUAAGCUGCCCGACAUCACCAUCUUCAUUCACUCGGACGAGAGCCCGUGGCACGUCGAGGGCACGCUGAACUCGUCCAUGACGUUCGCGCUCUCGCACCUCGACCUCGAGCAGGUCCUGCAGCGCAGGUACUUCAACCUGCGCGUGUCGUGGGACGGCGCGUGCCCGAACUGGAUCAACACCACCAAGUCGGCCGCCGAGGGCAACGGCCAGAAGAAGGAGGAGCCCUACAUGCGCGAGGCCUUCAGCGAGAACUUCCACACCAACGACGUGCCCGUGAUCCUGGCGGGGCCGUGCUGCUCCCAGUUUGCCGUCACGCGCGACGCCGUGCGCCGGCACCCGCGGUCGCAGUACCGCAUCACCAUGGACUGGCUCGUGCAGACGGGCUGGACCGACUACAUCACCGGCCGCGUGUGGGAACACAUGUGGCCGUGGCUCUUCAAGGGCGAGGCGGUGGACUGCGCCGUCGAGUGGAAGGCCUACUGCCGCAUGUACCACAUCUGCUUCGACGCCGACAGCCGGUCGCGCAUCACGAGCCUCGAGGAGGAGAAGAAGGAGCUCGAGAAGAGCUACGGGCUCCUCGACGAGCUCAUAGACCUCUUCGGCAGCUCCAAGAUUACGAAGCGUGUCGAGGAGAUCAACGCUAUCAUGACGGCCGAGCUUGAAAACGCGCUCGAGAGGGGGAAGAGCGAGGCCGUGCGCAUGGAGCUGCUGUCGGAUUUGUACACUUCGUGACGCGGCUCGCCGUUUCUGGCCUGGUGAAAGCGCCUGCUAAUAGUGGUGGUGGUGGGAGUGGGGGUGGUGGCGGUAACUAUAGUAUAUGAUACCCUAGAGUAAUGCCUAAAAGGGCAUUUUUUUUCUCAGUAAGAUUCGGUCAAGUGGAAGUGUUCACCGUCUCUCUUCGAGCCUUGUCGGAUUGCCAUUUCCGAAGACUCGGUCGC